AUGGAAGGCAGAGCUCACGGCGGUGCACCCCAUGGAAUCAUAAUAGCAGUAGUAGUGUGCAUGGUGGUGCUUGCCCCCUUCCUCCUCGGCGACCAAGGUGAGGCCAUUACUGAAGCCAUCGCCGAGCUCUUAAGCCCAGUAGGUCUCCUCCUCCUCCCCAUUGUCCUUCUCUUGACCAUCCAGUACCUCUCCUCCGAUCACGGCUCAUUUGUCUCCACUAUUUUCUCUACCGGCGAACCUGACACCAUUCACCGAGUCAGUGGCUCACCUGUCGGCGUUGCUCUUUUUCUGGUUCUGAUCUUGUUCUUGCUUUACAAUCGCAUGUCCAUCUUUGGCAGCGACGAUGAUUCCGGCAAUUAA